AUGCUCGACCUAGAGACUGCUGGGCUGUUUGUGCUAGCUCUGGCGCUAAGAAUUGGGUUCUUCUUGUAUGGCAUAUACCAAGAUGAACAUUUUGAUGUAAAAUACACAGAUGUCGACUACUUUGUGUUCCACGAUGCUGCCAAUUACGUUUUUGAAGGGCUUUCUCCGUAUUUGAGAGAUACUUAUCGGUAUACGCCGCUUCUUAGCUGGUUGCUGGUGCCAAACCAUCAGCUGAAUUGGGUCCAUUUUGGAAAAAUGAUAUUUGUUCUAUUUGACUUACUUACUGGUAUACUAAUUCUGGCUCUUUUGGAAACCCGCAGCAAGCGUAAGAGACUCGCAUUGGGAUCAUUAUGGCUCCUCAAUUUCAUGGUCAUCACAAUUAGCACACGAGGGAACGCGGAAAGCGUUCUAUGCUUCUUCAUCCUUUUUUCAUUGUACUGUCUACGCCACAAAUGGUACGUCGUCUCGGGCCUGAUACUGGGAAUUGCAAUUCACUUGAAGAUAUACCCAAUCAUUUACAGCGCCCCUGUGGCCACUUACAUUUUCUUUCAGCAAAAGGGCGGCAUUAGUGCCCUUCUGAAGAUUGGAGCAGCUACAAUGGUGUCCUUGGGAUCGAGUUGUUAUUGGAUGUACCGCAUCUAUGGCUAUGAAUUUCUAGAGCACGCGUAUUUUUACCACAUGUACCGAACAGAUCACAGACACAAUUUCUCGAUUUUCCACAUGCUGUUAUAUUUCGAGUCUGCAUUUUCUGCGAAGUCCCUUGGUGCUCAACUGGCUUUCUUGCCCCAAGCUAUUGUUACAAUGGGCGUCGUCCCGCUAGUGCUGCGUGACCAGAGCUUUCAGAAUUUGCUCAGCGUCCUCUUUGUUCAGACAUAUGCAUUUGUUACAUUCAACAAAGUCUGUACGUCACAAUACUUCAUCUGGUACCUCAUCUUCUUGCCCUUCUACCUAGCAAGGACCAAGAUUUCAAAGACCAGAGGAUUGCUCAUGGCUACAGCUUGGAUUGUUACCCAAGCAUUGUGGUUAAGUCAAGGCUACUUACUGGAGUUCCAGGGUCGGAAUGUGUUUUUCCCUGGGCUCUUCUUUUCAAGUGUGUUGUUCUUCCUCACUAAUGUAUGGAUUUUGGGCCAAUUUAUCCAGGAUUUGAAUCAAAGAGCCUCUGACACUAAUGAGAAGAAGUUAAAGUGA